AUGCGGUCCACGCCUCUCCGCUUCGUCGCCCUCGCGAUCCUACUCGCCUUCUCCCUCCUCCUCACCGGCGAAUUCGAAUUGCAACGACGGUUCGACCCGCAACGGCCAUUCCGCGCGCAGCGGCUCCUUUCCUUCAUUCGUCCCCCGAAUCGCACGCGCACAGUGGACGACGCAAGCCGUGCGACGGGCGACGCGACAAGCCGCAGUAACCCGCAUCAGGGCGACGAAUCCGAGCAAGAGACGGAGGAUCCGACUCCCGCGGUCGCCGCGCCGCCGCUUUCCGCGGAGGAUUUUAAAACCCUAGAGAGUCUAAUAGAGCAGCCUGUGGAGGAGGAGGAUGGGCAGGAGAAUGAGGAGGAGGGGGAGAAAGGAGGGGAGGAGGAGGAAGGGGAGGAUCAGGAAAGAGAAAAGGGGAAGGUGGGUUGGGGGUGGGUGGGGAGACUGGUGGGGUUCGGGAGCCAAUUGGCGAAUGCCACGUGGGAGAGAGUUGGGGGGGUUGUGAGAGGCGGGGUGGAGGUGUGGGAGAAGCGGGAGAAGGCGGCAAGGAGUAGGAAGGAGUGGCGGAGAGUGGUUGAGAGCGAUAGGAGGAAGAGGAUGGAGGCGAGGAGGAGAGGUGGUAAAGGGAGGAAAAGAAGGAGGAAGGGUAGUGGUGGUGGGGUGAGUGGUAGGGCAGAGACGAGAGGGACAGACUCCGAGAAACACGCUUUUGAGUCGACUCAAAAGCUGAGUGGUGCUGCUCACGCUGCUGCUGCGACUAGAGGUGCUCUCAUUUCACCCGCCAACGUAUCAGCAGCAGCAACAGCAGGGGGAGUGGACGACUGUUUGAACGAGCUACAGCGUGCUAGAGAAAUGGAGGCCCCCUGGCCGGAUCCGCUUCUUCCCAGAAACUUCUCCGUGCACCUGCUCACGCUGGACCCCUCCCGGCGCCGCACGGGGCUGCCGUUGAAGCUGCGGGAGUGGCAAGCUGAGAGCGUGUUUAUCAUCGGAACGGGGGAGCCGGGCAAGGGAAGAAGAGAGACGCUGCUGAAUCUUGACCGGCGGUUCCGUGCAGCAGGGCUGCAGUACACACAGGUGGUGAUGCCCAUGGCGCUGGAAGAGCCGUUUAAAGCCCGGUACGACCCAGUGUUUCCGGCACGCUCCCUCUCCCUGCGCUCCACCUUCCACCCCCACGACCUCGCAUACGCAUUCGCGCAUUUCGAGGUGUGGGCGAGGGUGGUGGUGCUGCGGCUGCCAUAUGCGAUGGUGUUUGAGGACGAUGCACGGAACGAGGUGGACUCGAAUGCAGCGUGGAAGCAGCGAAUGGAAGGGCUCCUACGCCAGCUCAACCUGCUCAUAAUCCAGAACGGCAACCGCUUCUUCUUUGACGUGCUGCUACUGGCACGCUCCGCCCUCGCGCCCUACUCGGAGCAGCAGCUCACAGCCAACAUUCUGAAGGCUCAGCCCAGCAUGGGAUCACACGCCUACCUCAUCACAUAUGCCGGCGCCAAGAGAAUGCUGUCGCAAAUGCGGCUUAAAGUGCCAAUAUCAGAAGCCUUUUUCACCGUCCCGCACGCGCACAUCCCAGCAGCAGACCCGCCUCUCUUCAACUCCCAGAUGUUCAUGUGCCGCCCCAAGCCCUUUGUCUUUCUUGCAUCCUACUUGCUCCUCCAUCCGCCCCCCAACCUCUCAUGGCCAAUAUCAGAGGCACUUUUCACCGUCCCGCACGCACACAUCCUAGCAGCAGACCCUCCUCUCUUCAACUCCCAGAUGUUCAUGUGCCGCCCCAAGCCCUGCCGCGCUCCGCCCCUCGACCUCCAUUCCUCCUCGCGCCUCUCCUCCGCCUGCCGGGAAACUCUCUUCCUCAGCUUUCCCGGGCACCCCCGAAUCAGGGGGAAUAUUGUGAAGAAGGAUUGGGUGAGACAGGCAUUGGGGGAAGCGGGAGCUAGGGCUACCAUUGCCGUGGAUGCCGAUUGUGGGACACCUGCGCAGUGCCUGAUUCGAUCUCACCAGGAUAUUCUGCAGGUGCCAGGGUCAGGUUCCCAGGUGAAUCUCCAGGUGAAUCUCCGGGUGAAUUCUCAGGUGAUUUUCCAGGUGCCAGGGAUGAAACCACCUGCAGGUGUGCGCGUGGUGAUGCGAUCCAUGCCGCCCAAACUGGCGAUGUGGCCGACAUUCGUGAUCGGAUUGGCUGAAGACGCUGACCGGUUCGUCUCAUUGGAACCCGUGCUGCAGCAGCAGGGAUUCGGAGAGAUAGUCAAGGCGAACGGCAUUUCCAUCUCCAACACAGACUACCAGGUGGUGACUCACCUGGUGGACAAGGAGCAUCGGGCACGCACCCGAACCACGCCGUGGUGGCAGGAGAAGCAGGCUCGGCCGACCCUGAGCAAGGGCGAGGUCGGGUGCGCGCUCUCCCACUACUUCGUCUGGCUGGAGGUCGUGCGAAGGCAGCUCCCAUACGCCAUAAUAUUCGAAGACGACGUGCGGUUCUUAACGCACUCUUUCAAAGAGGUGUUCGAGCGAGACGUAGCGGAGGCCAACGAGGUGAUCACACGGGAGAUCAACCCAUUCCGCCCCGAUAUAGUCUUCCUCGGAAAAUCCGGCAUCAUGACUUCGUUCUACUACCCAAAGCUCUCCCAACACGUGGUUAUAUCCCCACUCGUGUGGUGCUCGUUCGCGUAUAUAGUGUCGCUGGAGGGCGCUCGGAAGCUGGUGGAGAGGUUUUUUGUGAACGACCCGGUGGACUCGUACUGGUGGCAGGUGCCUGGGAUGCAGUUCUGGGCGUUUGAGCCGUCGCUGGCGGAUCAUCUGACGGUGAAGAGGAAGCGGCGGGGGAAGGGCGUGCAGUUUGUGAGCAGAGUGCAGGGGACCGACAGCGAGUGGUAG